AUCCUUUUGUUAACGUUUUAAACUUCAAAUCAUUUCUCUCCUUUUAAAUAUGGCGAGACCCUGUGGGGACAAAGAUCAGCGUUUUCUUUUUCGAAACCCAAGUGAAUGCUUCAUUAGCUCGCUUCAUCCAGAUGAUCAAUGUCACUGGUUGACAUCUAUGAGCUGGUUCCUCUUCUCAAAGUAUUGAAUUGGUUCUUCAGCCAUCAGGUGUGUGUUUUAAUAUAUUUUAAAGUCAUAUAAAAACUAUUGUGUGUCCGUGUUUUACUGGUGCGUACCUGUAGGAUGGUCCCGGACAGACAUCUGUGGUUGGACACACAGGACCUGUCUCUGGUGAUUACAAUGAGUGUUGAAUAUAUGAAGACAGUGACGGCCAGAAGACACACUUCAUGUUAUUACAAUUAAAAGUACCAUCACUUCAUGUCACUUUAGUAUAUUUGUUUCUAUGUCUUUAUCAUCAUUGUCGUUGCUAAUAUUAUCACUGUAGUGUCGGAGGAUCAGUUGUCAUGUGGCUCACGUGGCAGCAGCCUGGAGAGGCUCCGUGUCCACGCCUCCCUGCACAUAUAUAUAUAUAUGAAGAAGCUUCUCGGUCCAUCAUUACGGGUUCCUCGUUCCCUCCAGGCUGACAAGGAUUUCACAAUGGCGACCUUCUCUCCCUGUCGUGGCUUCGCCCUUCUUCUUCUUCUUCUGUGCCCUCAAUUCCUGACCGCAUCAGCAGAUGACCUCGUCAUUGACACCGAGGGGGGGACAGUUCAAGGGAAGUUAAUUCCUUCGCUGGGUGAUAAUAUUAGAGCUUUUCUGGGAAUUCCUUAUGGGAAACCGCCUGUGGGGGAGCUGAGAUUCAACCCUCCACUGCCAGCAGAGAGUUGGGAAGGAGUGUGGGACGCCACCAAAUACUCAGAUUCCUGCCACCAGAUUCCGGACGAUGCCUUUCCAGGCUUCUUUGGUUCAGAGAUGUGGAAACCCAACACUCCUCUGAGUGAAGACUGUCUGCACCUCAACGUCUGGGCUCCACGUUUCGAGACGGAUGCCCCGUUGGCUCAUGUCCUCGUCUGGGUCUAUGGAGGCGCCUUCACCUCAGGAACAGCCUCUCUGCCCCUGUAUGAUGGCCGCUUCUUGAGUCAAACUGAAAAUGUUAUCAUCGUCUCAAUGAACUACAGAGUCGGAGUUUUUGGGUUCCUGACCACUCCUGCCGAUGGGCCUCCCGGCAACGAGGCCUGAUGGACCAGCUUGGCCCUCCAGUGGGUUGCCAACAACAUCGCUGCUUUUGGAGGGGAUCCUACAAAGGUGACUCUGUUUGGAGAGAGCGCUGGCUCAGCAUCCGUGGGCUUCCAACUCAUCUCUCCAGGGAGCCAGAGCUUCUUUACCAGGGCUGUGAUGCAAAGUGGCGUUCCUAGUGCACCCUGGGCCGUGCUCAGCCAGGAGGACACCUGGCGCAGGUAG